CACACGCAGUCACGCAACCAUUUUCUUCCAUACACACACUGUAUAAACCCAGACAGGUUUCAGACCAGGAGGUUUGGCUACAUCAGAUACCGGCCAGAGAAAAAGAGGGAGAGAGAGAGAGAGAGAGAGCGAAACAAAAACCUAUCUAUCGGCCUUUAUUACUGGGUUGAAUUGUGAAGAAAGAUCGUGAAUUAUGGGGAGGCGAAGGGUUCAGUUGAAGAGGAUCGAGAACAAGAUCAACAGGCAAGUCACUUUCUCAAAGAGAAGGUCUGGCUUGCUGAAGAAAGCCCACGAGAUCUCUGUGCUUUGUGAUGCUGAGGUGGCUUUGAUUGUUUUCUCUACCAAAGGGAAGGUCUUUGAGUAUUCUACUGAUUCUUGCAUGGAAAGGAUUCUUGAAAGGUAUGAGAGAUAUUCAUAUGCAGAGAGGCAACUUAUUGCACAUGAUCUCGAACAAAAUGGAAGCUGGACUCUGGAGCAUGCGAAGCUCAAGGCUAGGAUGGAGAUUUUACAAAGAAAUCAAAAGCAUUUAAUGGGAGAAGAUCUCGACUCCUUGAGUCUUAAAGAGCUUCAAAAUUUGGAGCAACAGCUUGAUUCUGCUCUCAAACACAUAAGGUCGAGAAAGAAUCAAGUUAUGCACGAAUCCAUUUCGGCGCUUCAGAAAAAGGAUAAGGCAUUGAAGGAGCAAAACAACGUGCUUGCCAAGAAGGUGAAGGAGAAAGAAAAGGAAUUACUUGCCGAACAGGCACAAUGGGAUCAGCAGAAUCAAUCACUUCACACAUCCUCUAUCCUUCCACAACCGUUGCUGCCCUUGGACAAUAUUGGGACUUGGUCCUACCAAGCAAUUAGAGGCAGCCAAAGAGAAGAUGAGGCAAGUCCAUCUCGACAUCGAGCCAAUACAGUACUCCUGCCCCCUUGGAUGCUUCGCCAUCUUGAUUAAUAGCCUAACACGUAUACAUCAAACUUUUUGCU